AUGGCGUUCUUCUCUGCUGCAUCGCCGCCCCCGUUCCUGCCUACGCCGGGACAGCCUGCAAUUCCGUGGGAGCAGUGGAAGGGGGUGUUCCUGAAUUUCCUGGGAGCUGCUGGCGGCGACGAAUUGCAGCCGAAUUGUCGGAAAGCAAUUCUGCUGAAUGCCCUGGGCGUUGAAGGACAGCGGGUGUUCUACAGCAUCGCCGGGGCACGGACCGUGCUGGACGCUCAUUUUGCCACGACUACGAGUGUGCUCGUAGACCGUCACCGGCUCCGACAAAGGCGUCAGGCGCCUAAUGAGGCGUUCGAGGCCUACGCAGCCAGUCUGCGGGAACUUGCUUCUUCCUGUGACUACGGUGACGGCGUCGACAACGUCAUUAGAGAUCAGCUCCUCGAAGGCACUACCUCUCGUCAAAUCCGAGAACGCCUGCUCUACGAAGGUUCUACCCUCACACUCCAGAGAGCGCUUGAUAUUGGCAGACAUAUUGAACAAAUUCAACGGGAGAUUCACGAGUUUGAUGGUGACGCUUCUGUGCAGCGCGUUGCACCGAAGAAAACUGAGAAACCUUCUUCGGCAAAAGGAUGUUGCUACCGCUGCGGGUCACCAACUCACAAGGCAAACUGCGAAAAAUGCCCGGCGAAGAAUAAGCGUUGUCGCCGCUGCAAGAAGAUUGGCCACUUCGAAGCAGUGUGCAAGUCUAGCGAGAUGUUCAGUGUUCAAGCCGUCAAGGAUCCGAAGUCGGCGGAAGCUAACGUCGUCACCGUUCUGCAUAUCGGCGACGAUUACACACGUGCACGGGAAAUAUCUACGGAGGUGCUCAUCGGUAACGUUCCCAUUCGUUUUUUUGUGGAUACAGGGGCCACGGUUUCCCUGUUGAGCGAAGAAGACUACCGCAAGAACUUCGCUGAAAGGUAUCCUCUGAGUGCGACGUCAGUCGUAUUGCAAAACUACACGAAGGAGGAAAUCCCAAGCGUCGGAUGUUUUCUGGCCGAGGUAACCUACAGAAACAAGGACGCCUGCGUCAUGUUCUACGUGACCAAAAGAGGAAUUUCGCUGCUGGGACUCGACGCCAACCGUAACCUUCGUAUCAACAUUGAAGGAGAAACACUCAGCUGUUUUCAGGCUGCUACUUCACCGGCGUCCACGUUGCUACCGCCGAGUCUACGGGAGGAUCUGCUGCAAGCGAAACAAGUCCUACCGUCCUCGUUUCGCGACGCGUCUGUGUAA